AUGCAACGAAUUAAGCCUCUUGUUUCUGUCGCUUUCCAAAGAUGCUCCGAUUUGCAGCAAGCCAAGACUAAUCUUCGGAAUUACGCUCCAACUGGAGGUGAUUUGUCUCUCGUGCGAGAAUAUGUGUUGAACCCCUUUGUCUAUGAACCUCUGAUGAAAUUUGUUCCGUUGAGUGUCGCUCCAAAUGUCAUCACCGUUGCUGGAUACAUUUGUUUAUGGAUAUCUGUAAUUAUAACUUAUAUUCACUGUCCAACUUUUUCAGAGACCAUACCGAACUGGGUUUUCGUAGUGAACGCUAUCUGUCUCUUUGCAUAUCAAACAUUGGAUAACAUGGAUGGUAAACAAGCAAGAAGAACGAAAACAAGCUCACCUUUGGGAGAACUUAUGGAUCAUGGUGUUGAUGCUGUGGCAACCACAUUAUGUGCAAUUUCUUGGAUUUGUGCUUGCAAGCAAGGAACUACUCUUGUUUCAUAUCUUAUUUGUUUGAUUGGAUAUAUUCCUUUUAUUUUUGCUACGUUAGAAGAGUAUUAUAUUGGAGGAUUAUAUUUAGGAAAAUUUAAUGGUCCAAUUGAGGGACUUUUAGGAUUUAUUAUCAUGCAAUUACUUGGAGGAAUUUUUGGUCAUCAAUUUUAUCAGACUAAAGUAUUCGGACUUGCUCCCUUGUGGGCAUUGUUCUCUGGAUUGACAGCAUUCGGGUCAAUUUUUGCAUCCAUUGAGAAUAUUAUGAAUAUUCGAGCAAAGAUUAAUGAAAAUAAGAAAUCAAAAGUGGAGAACAAGGACUCUGCAUUGGACGAACAACAAAGAUCUCCAUGCUUUGAAACCAAUUUCCAUAAGAGUCUUCUUCCUGCCAUUCCUUUUUUCAUUUUGCUUGGUUCAUUUUUCACUUUUGUCAUGGUUGAUAGAGAGACAGUUCAAAGAUAUCCUUAUUUAACGUUGUUUAGUAUGGCCAUAGGAUUUGGAUAUUUAGCAAGCAACCUUACUCUUGCAUUUCUUGUCAAGAAACCUCUUGCAUUGUUUUCUAUGAUGUGCAUUCCUUCUGUACUUCUCAUGCUCAAUGCAUGGACAGGUCAUUCACUGGUUUCAGGAUUCUAUGCGUUGCUGUUAUGUGCAGUGGCAACCUUUUUAAUUUAUGGAAAUUAUGUUCUUUCUGUUUGUGAUGAUAUUUGCAAUGCCCUAGACAUUAAUGUCUUUUUCCUUCCCACCAAUAAGCGAGACUAA